UCCACUGCGUAUUAUAAAUUUUGUUUAAGAAAAUGCUGUAAUCACUAGAACUCUCUAACAAACGAUGCCGUUUGAGUUGUUUCCAUCGAGUCGUGCGGAUAGAGGGAAAAGAAAGCGGGAGCGGGGAGAACACGCCGAUUACGAGGCUGCCGCCGCCGAUGCUGGAAACCAGAAGAAGACGGUGGCGGACAGAGGAAAAGAGAGGGAGAUGACUUCGGAUGAAGAGGUGGAGGAGUUCUUCACCAUUCUGAAGCGAUUACACGCAGCGACCAAAUAUAUAGAGAAGAUCGAUGGUGCGAGAAGCUUUUUGAUGGGGAAAAGAGCGAAGACGGCGAAGGCGAGCGAGAAAGAAGGCGAUGGAGUUGAAAUUAGAACAAAGAGAAUUCCAGAGCAGAAAUUGGACAGAAAUUUGGAUCUGGAUCUGGAUCUGAACUUAGAACCUGCUUCCGACGAUUCGGCUGCCGAUUCUCGUCGGAAGUAGAAAUUUACGGCGGAGGUUACAGUUCACCUGUCCCUGAAAGAACUCGAUCGCUCCGAUCAUGCGGACUGAUGAACUGAUAUCGGAGCCUUCUGGUUGCGGAUCCGGGAGAAGACGGUUGGUUUCAUUGAUUCCUAGUAGGAUUGGGACAAAAGAGAAUCGAAUCAAGGCUAGAUUGGGAUCACAUGGACCUCGAGAGGGCAAGACUUUUCAAGGUGGGUCGACCGAGCUUAGGUUCAAGCAUUUAGAUGAACACGACUCUCUACAAUGGUAUGAUAUUGCCCACCUUGAGCAUAAGUUCUCGUGAUUUAACUUUAGGCUUCCCAAAAAGUCUCAUACCAAUAGAGAUAGUUGUGUAUCUAGAGCAUCAUUCUUAACAUAUGUUGUGUAUCUGAGCAUCAUUCGAACAAAAGUAUUAUAGUAAAAGAUGACUAAGACUUUAAAAGAAAAGAAGUCGAGACUCGAUUAAAGAGAAACGUAUGUUGUUUAAGGGGUGGUGUUGAAUGAAAGUCUCACAUCGGCUAAUUUA